AUGGCCGACCCUCCUUCGCCUUACGAUGGGUUCAUGACGAUGUCCCUUGAGGACCGUUUCGCCCUUCUCUUUAGGGCGCAGCAAGUCCGGUUUGACGCCGAUAAAAAGGUUGAUGACCGACUGUCUGCCAUCGAGUCUAAACUUGAACGCCUCACAGCCUCCCUACCCAAACCGCCUGCCGCUCCCACUCCCUCUGCUCGCGCAUCUCGCGCUCGACGCACCUCUAGGAAGGAACGCCCGGCUGCACCUACCUCUACCCCUACUACAGGGCCCCCGCACUCCCAAUCCAUCCGCUCUACUACUACCAAAGCCGCCCUCGAGAAGAUCGUCGCUACCCUGUCUAUUGCGGACGAACAGGCUGGCCAUGUCAUAGGGCGCGCGGGAACUGGCUUACGCCAAAUCCACGACAUCUCGCACGCAAAGAUCUCGGUCUCCCCCGUCGUCACCUCCGGUUUGCGUGCCGUCACUAUCAGGGGCACCGCUCGUGAAGUUGGUGAUGCUCUUUCUGCUAUCAGCAAGCGGAUUGCCCGUCGUCGCAUCCGCAACCCUAGGUCCAAGAAGCCUAAACAGCCUCCUGCGCCCACUGCCGCCCCUCCUACCCUCGUCGUUGAACCUCCUUCUCCUACUCCAACCUCGAGCUCUACCCCAACUACGCGGACAUCCCGUUCCGGGACGGCUUCUCCGCAUUUGCCCACUCCUACGGCUGUCGACACUCGCUCCAGCCCAUCCUCGUCGCUCGCCCCUGGUUCGCCUAUGGAGGUGGACGCUCUCAGGGCUCCGCAGCAACACUCUGACGGUUACUCUCGCCCCGGGCCUGUUCAGCCUAGGGAGGGAAUUCAGACCGCGCGUCGUGGCGGUGGACCGCCUCGUGUCUUUGGUGCAAACCGUCCACGGUGA